CUUGCGUUGACACUUUUGCGUGAGAGGAACCCCGCUGUUGGCCAGAGGUCGGUUGGUGAUGCUUGUGCGGACAGUCGCAGGACUGUAUGCAAGCGUCUGGAAGGGAGCAACAAGAUGCGGCAGAACCGGCCUGCUGAGAUGGACAACGACUGCAGGACAACGGCCUGCCUGUGGUGGCAUCAACGCUGAGCAACAAGGACGAAUACCACUUGUGCACCACCGCCCUGCAUCAAGCUCCUCGUCGACGCGAUGGAAAAGCCGUCAGGGAAGAGAUGCAUACGCACGAGAAGCCAAAGUCGCAGGCCUGAAGUCUCGCGCAGCAUUCAAACUCCUGGAGAUCAAUGAGAAGUACAGGAUCUUCCGCAAAGGAGAUACGGUCGUUGACCUGGGCUUUGCGCCAGGCAGUUGGAGUCAGGUCGCCGUCAACAGAACCAGUCCAGGGGGAAGAGUCGUCGGAAUAGACAUCAUACCCGCACAACCUCCUCGAGGCGCAAACGCUCUACAAGGCAACUUCCUCAGCGCUGAGAUUCGCGAAGAAGUCCGCAAAUUCGUCAGCGAUCCCAAUCGAGGCCGGGUCAGGAGCAGGACGAUUGUUGAAGAUGAGGUCACAGAGGAGGAUCUACAAGAAGGGAAUCGCGGGCUCGUGGAGCUGGAGAGACAUGCGGCUCUGGAAGAGAAGAAGUUGAAACAAAUACCGAAAGAUGAUAUGAGCCAGAAGGAAUUGGAUCUCACAGAGGGACGAGUGGUCAAUGUGGUGUUGAGUGACAUGUCAGAACCCUGGCCUUUGGUGUCCUCUUCAUGGAUUCGGAGCGUGUCUAAUCCGUAUCUCAGGCUCAUGAACACCAGCGGAAUCGCAGCUCGAGAUCAUGGCGGUAGUAUGGAUCUCUGCAUGGCAGCCCUAACAUUCUGCUUGGACACCCUCGCAACAGGCGGAAACUUCAUCUGCAAAUUCUACACCGGAUCCGAAGACCAAGCCAUGGAACUCCGCCUCAAAAAGCUCUUCGAAAAGGUCCACCGUAUCAAACCCGACUCCACUCGCAAAGAGAGCAAAGAAGCCUACUUCGUGGCCUUACGCCGCAAAGCCACUGCGAAGCGAGAAGAGGUUCUUGAGGAAGGCUGAACCGCUACCGUACCCUCGAAACGCCUCGCCAGACCCUAGAACUAUAGUUCCCUCUUCGCUACCAACAACUGUGAACAAAUACGACAGCAGGCUGAAGCGAUGGAAGUACGAGUUUCCCCGGCUUGGUAUCAACUAUCGCUGCAAGCCAUCGUAUGAGGCUUUUUGUGUAGGCGAGGACAUCAUCCUUCGCUUCGACAACACGAUCAUCAACUUGGCGAUGCAAUCGCUUUGACCGGCAAAGACGGUAGAAUAAUCCAUCUAUCAUACUUCCGAAUGUGCAUCUCUUGCACGAACGCCUUCGGCGCGCCACUGAUGUCAAAGUGGCUGCCCGGCGUGGAAGGCCUUACCGCAAAGGAAGAAGCUACACUUUCCCAAAGAAGAGUAAAAGAUAGUCGCCCGAAACCAGAUCGGAACAACGUGAGAUGGCAUCAUCGCUCAAAAAGCACAUGGCGUCUGCGUGGCAGAAAGUGUCUCUUGAUUGUCGGACACAUUUAGCGUCCGCGUUACGUGAACUUGGCGACUUGCAGUUUCGAUGAACAACUUCGAAAUCGCUACGUUUGAGCUGGAAACUCCGGAAAACUAAUAGAGAGUGAUUAGAAGUCAUUAAGGGCAGUGCCAAAAUCCCCACCCCCCUGCAGAGGUUUCCUAUAGGUG